CACCUCAGUUAAAACACGAACUGCAAGCGAAACAGUCGAUUCAGUUAAAUUUAGAAUUCUCUGUUUGCCAGUUGAUCCAUUCAUUGAAUUUUUGGCGUAGUAAGUGUAGUAGUAAUAUUUCGUGUUUUGUUUUGCACGCGUGAGUUGAACCGCGUCACGGGCUACUGUAGACUCAAUAAGUGUUAGCGGUGGUGCGAAUGAACUUAAUACUGUAGUGACUAUAUAGUAGUUGACAAUGUCUACAGGAGUUCUACAGUCCACCAUUGAAAUGGCCAGAGAAAUGAUGAGGAGCGAAGAUCAUCAUCAGCCUGGCAAUCUGUGGAGUGAAUUUGACACGAAGAUUAACAUGUUUGGAGUCAAUGUGAAAGAGGAGCCAGCAGAUGACCAAAGAAACGACUCAGGAGUAACGUCAGGCAGCGACUGCCCCUCUGCCUCCCCAGGAAGUGACAGGAGCGACACCCAUCACACCCCCAACAACAUUUAUCCAUUCCCACCCAGAGACAUAUCCCAUUUUCCUUCAUCAUGGCCCCCCAUGGUACAAUCAGCUCAUCAAACUCAUUCAGACAGAAGAUCAAUUUCACCCAAGAUGGAUCCCGAUGACAACUCCAACGAAUUUGACGAUGACGGCAUCAGAGCGCCAAAGAUCAACUCCCACGGCAAAGUCAAGGUGCAUAAAUGUAAACAAUGCGAAUUCGUCGCCUACACCAAACUAGAAUUCUGGGAACACUCGAAAGUGCACAUCAAAGGCGACAAAAUACUCAAGUGCCCCAAAUGCCCUUUCGUCACAGAAUACAAACACCAUCUGGAGUACCAUAUCCUAAACCACGCAGGCGCCAAACCAUUCAAGUGUCAACACUGCGAUUACUCUUGCGUGAACAAAUCUAUGCUCAAUUCACAUUUAAAAUCGCAUUCCAAAGUCUACCAGUACCGAUGCGCCAACUGUCACUACGAAACCAAAUACUGUCACUCCCUGAAACUGCAUCUGAGAAAAUACGGACAUAAGCCUGCCAUGGUGUUGAACCCCGAUGGCUCCCCGAACCCCCUGCCAAUCAUUGAUGUAUAUGGUACCCGAAGGGGUCCAAAAAUCAAAAAGGAUCAGAGCUCUCCCACCGAAACGGUCUCCGAGCAACCCCAAAACGUCCCCAUGAUGGGACUGAAUCCUUUAUUGAACCCCCUACUUAGUCAGAAUACGUCAAUGUUACCUCCGUUCCCGUUACCGUUGAUCCCUGGAUUCCCCGGGGCGAUGCCCAAUCCAGAAUUGGUCGCGAAUAUCCAGAAUUUGGUCCGAGAGAGAUUGGAGGAGCUUGCCAAACACAAUAGCUUAGCCAACAACAGUCCUUACCCACAAAAGGCUUUAGAAGAAGACGAAGAAGCAGACGGAGAAGUAGAUGGUGCCUUGGACCUCACCAACAAGUCCAACCACUCUUCCGAGCACAGUGGUUCAGAUAACGAAGAAGACACGAUGACUGUGGCAUUCGAUAACGUUGAGGUGGUCCAAAACAAAUCUACUGACCACGAGGUGACCCUCACUCCAGAAAUAGUGAGGCAAACGGACGUGGAGGGCGCCCCACAAAUAAACAAUAACAAUAAUAACAAAUACGAGUUCAACUGUCGGUUUUGCGACAUGUGUUUUGGGGAUGAGGUGAUGUAUCGGAUCCACAUGGGAUACCACGGCGAAGGAAAUCCGUUUAAUUGUAAAAUGUGCGGAGAAGCAUGCGAGAAUAAGGUGAGCUUCUUUUGGCACAUUGCCAGAGUUGCCCAUUAAUCAAUUGAUACAUGCUUAUCAAGUCGUAUAAAGCAUGGCAUCAUUGUCCCAAUGGGUUAAUUCAAAGACUAAAGUGUAUGUGUAUAUAUCGAAUAUUUUACCAAAUAUUUUCCUUGACUGAUUUUCGAGUUUAAAAUUUGCCAUAAUAUAACAGUGCCUAAUUGUAUUUGUUUUUUCUGGACAGUAUGGUUUUAUUGAACAUGCAACGCUGUAAAACACGAUACACUUAGGUGGAAUACUAGAUCACACUGUUGCCUAUUUUCUCUAGUCGCAUAUUAGUGCAAUGUUAUGAAAAGAUUUGUUUUAUGAGCAUGUACAGUGGCCCAUGUAGCCAUUUUUCAUAUGAGUAUUUUAUGUAAUGUUAUGUACACUACCUCAAUUGAGUUAUUUAUUGUUUGUUUUGUAUAUAAUGUUUUUUUUUUGUAUGUAUAAUAUUUUGAUCUCUUGUAUUGUGUACGUAUUUGUAUCAGUGUGACUAAUUUUAAAUUUGCCAUAUUGUAUAGACUGUAUAUGGUAGAAUUUAUAGCCAUAGCAAGACUGAGAUAGGAUAUAAUAAAAGGUUUUCGAGCGGAUAAUCAAAAAUUAUAUACGUGUAAAUAGGUAAAUUUGUAUAUAAAUGAUAUUUUAUACCGACUUGUGGCGAAAGUAUGUCUUAUGUGCCAUAACAUUUUUCUUACAAUAAACUCUGAGUUUGGCAUUAA